UCUCGCCGACCAAAAACCUAAAUCGACCCGUCUUCUUCCGACAUUUCUCAGAUGGCUUCUCACAUUUCUCAAAUCUCUUGUACGCAGAGGCUCUGUUUCAUUCCCCUUAUGGCUUAUUAUCACCAAUCGGUUGCUCUUUCUCAAGGCAAUUUGAAGGAACCAAAUAGGGGAAUGGAUCCACGAACCGGAUCUGAGAUCCCCGGUGAGUCUGUCAAGAAGUCCGGUUUAUGUCUGCUCUUCGUGCCAGGUGGCACCCCUUCGUUGGCUGGAGGGGAAAAAAUUCUGUUAGAGCUGCUGCUGCUUCUUCCCUCUGUCCCACUCUGUAACCGCCUCACUCUCCCUCUAACCGAACACAGUCCUUGCUCGCUCCAAAUAAGGUCCAUAAAUCCACAGAAUCGUAUUUUUUUCUCUCUCUCUCUCUCUCUUUCUCCCGCUCUCUCUCUUGGCGACAGAAAAUUUUUCUCGGAAAGUUUUUCUUAAGUGACGGAAGAAGCGAAGUGACGGAAGCUUUCGGUAUCUCUUUCUCGGAGAAGCUUUCGGUAUCUCUUUCUCGGAAAAGCUUUCGGUAUCUCUUUCUCGGAAAAGCUUUCUCAUCCCAAAGGAAGCUUUCGGUAUUUCUUUCUCGGAAAGCAUCCCUAAGAGUACUUUCUGACUGUACAACCAGAAACAAGGAAGAAAUGUUGGAAGAUUUAGAGGUUCAAGGACCCAUGUUUGACAUGGGUCUGUUUUACAACCUCCAUCCUAUAUGCUCUCUCAAUUGUUGCCAUAAAAUGGCAUACAACUGGAUGACUGGGGACUCCUCCUACUUCUCUCAUCAUCAAGGUCCAACUAUGGGAUUUGAUGCUUCCAACUCUGGUGGUGAGAUCUUAGCUGGUUUGUCGACGACUUCUUCUGUGACUGAUCCCAGUUCUGCGAGCAAUUCUCUGGGAGGUGCUUCCAACUCUGGUUUGUCGACGACUACUUCUGUACCUGAGGACCUCGAUCCCAGUUCUGCGAGCAAUUCUCUGGGUCCAACUAUGGGAUCCGAUGCUUCCAACUCUGGUGGUGAGAUCUUAGCUGGUUUGUCGACGACUUCUUCUGUGACUGAUCCCAUUUCUGCCAGCAAUUCUCUGGGAGGUGCUUCCAACUCUGGUUUGUCGACGACUACUUCUGUACCUGAGGACCUCGAUCCCAGUUCUGCGAGCAAUUCUCUGGGUCCAACUAUGGGAUCCGAUGCUUCCAACUCUGGUGGUGAGAUCUUAGCUGGUUUGUCGACGACUUCUUCUGUGACUGAUCCCAUUUCUGCCAGCAAUUCUCUGGGAGGUGCUUCCAACUCUGGUUUGUCGACGACUUCUUCUGUACCUGAGGACCAUCUGCGACUCCUGAAAACCAUUGCCAGAGAGUUUGUUUUUGAAAAGUAUAGAACGGCGGAGAAGGAGGACAAUAAGAAGAAAAGAGAAGCUCUGGCACAGAAAAGAGCGGAGGAGCAGAAGAAGAAACAAAAUAAGGGUAAGAAGAAGUAAUUGGAGUUCAGUUCCUCCUCUUUCGCUCUCACACCCUAUGUCACACUUUCGUCUUACUCUCCUCUAUAUUUUUUCUUUCCUUUCUGUCGAGACUAGAGAGGAAUGUUCUAGAAAGCAGAAACCUUAGUAGUAUCUCCAUCACUUACUUUAAUGGGCCUUCAUGUUAAAAGCCCAUAGAAUUUUCGUACAUCUUAAAGUCUAAAAAGGCAAAUAUUCAUGAGUGGGUUUUUUU